UUCUACCAAAAUGUCUGUUGAGGUGGAUUCAAUAGUACCCAGGGAAGGAUCCCUGGAGAUCAGCUUGAAAGAAGAGAAAGAGUUUAAGGAGGUGGACUCGGAUGCUGAUUCUGAUUUAUCUGACCUUCUCAAUCAGAACGGCUCAUUCACUCCAGGGGAUGACAAAACUGACCACCAUAUUCCUAUGAACCUGCUGGAUGGUGAGAUAGAAGAGAGUGGGGAUAUACAGCUUUUGUCUCACAGCACCUCUGUCCAGUCCCCCACAUCUCAGGCAGACUCAGCCUUCGAGGACAUGGUCAACUCCAACCAGGUCAGCCUCAGCAGUACCCUGGAGGAUGUCAAGGACGAGGUCAUCUCUGACACUGUGGAGCAGGUCAAGGUCACUCUGGCCGAAAGUGAGCCAACUUCUGAGUCCUUGCCCUCAGAUGAGAUCAGUGUUACUAAGAUAGAAGCCAAGCCAGAGUUUGUUCCCAUUGCCUCUGAAGUCUCCUACCAGACUCAUUCAUCCUACGUAACAGAGGUACCUAACACAGAGACCAAAGUUUUUGUUAAAAAGGCCCAGCAGUUUUCAGAGACUGUGAAUCAGCCCCCCAAGAUGACAAUCCGAUCCACGUCCAAGGAGAUGUCAGACGAACACCUCCAGAAGGUGGACGGAGAGAGGAAGGCGGUCAUCAGUCAGUCCAUGGUCAAGAGGAGGGGCAUCACAGAGUUUGCAGUGGUCUCAGCCAAUGAUGAGAGUAAGCAAGCAGACGUCAAAAGCAGUGUUGUGUUAGAGGCAAAUGACCAGAAAGAUCUUCCUUCACCAGUGAAGUCCAAAGGUACACCAAUAAACUUUGAUGAAGUACCUCCCAAAGUAGACCUUUAUAGUCAGAAUGUUGUACAAGAGGAUGGAAAUACAGACACUGUAAACAGGGAGUCCAUAGCAGACUUAAACUCCACCAGGAAACAGUGGGAGACCAUCCUACAGAGUUCUAGCAAAUCUGAGCCAAGUCCCGCGAAGGUAACUCCCAAGAAAUCGAGCACACCAGUCAAACACUGGGAGGUGAAACUUCCGUAUAAACCCAAUCCGUCUUCCAAAGUGAUUCCUCAACCAGAAGUCGAAGACACACAGCCAAGAAAACCAUUCAAAAUGGAGGAAGACCCUUACGCAAAUGAAAGUGCAAUUGAACGUGAAAUUCGUCUGGCAAAUGAAAGAGAGGAGAUGCUGCGCAAAGAACAAGAAGAACGCAUGGAACUUGCCAAACGACAGAAUGCCUCAAAAAAUCAGGUCAAUACGAAAAUGUUUGAAAAUGAAAACAACAACACGGAGUUCAAAACAAUGUACCACGAGAUGACAGAGGCUGAUCGGGGAUCCGAGCUUCAGAAACGGGAGACAUUGAUUCAACAGGAAAUAGAGGAGCAGAAGGAGAGAGAGGAGGCACUGACAACAAAAGCCCCGCCGGCUGUCACCCCUCAGGUUGAAGAGAACCCAGAUAGCAGUAGAGAGAGUCUCAUUGCCAAGGAAAUUCGGCUCCAGAAGGAACGAGAGGAGGAAAUCGCCAAAAGACACUCUCUGAAUAAAGAGCCAGAAGUAAAGGAACCAGAACCGGAAAAGGUAGAACCAGUUUCACAAGAACCAGAAAAAAUGGAGGCACCAGUGACAAACAGUAAGCAAGUCACAUAUGAAGAGGCAAUUCAGGAACCUUUUCAUCAUGAAGGAGAGAGUCUUAUUGCAAAGGAACUACGCGAGGCAAAAGAAAGGGAGGAGGAAAUUCGUAGGAUGAGAGAGCGAAUGCAUGGAGGCAGCAAGCCUAGUCCUGCUCCUGAAGCAACCAACAAACAACCACCACCACCCAAAACCCCUACACAAGAAACUGUGAAAAAGACAUGGCAACUAUCUCCAAGUGUUCAAUCCCCCAAAGUUUCUAGUCACACCCCUUCACGCUCAGUUCGUGUUCAGCCCAUUGCAGACUCGGCAGAAGAGGAUGAAACAGACUCCAAACCAGUGGAAAGGAAGGAAACUCCUAUUGAACGUGAAAUCAGAAUAGCAAGAGAAAGGGAAAAUGAACUGAGGCGUCAGAAAGGACUGCCAUUACUUUCUGAAGUCGUCAAACCAGCAGGGGACGAUGUCUCGGAAAAGUCUUCAGUGAAUGAAGAACCUGUGUCAUAUAACUACAGAAACAAGGUCAACACUGCAGAAGGAACAAAGUCCAUGAGAAACUUUGCAACAUCACGGCUACAAAACGAAAUUUUAAAACAGAAAGAAAGGGAACACAAGCUUAGAGAUGAGGGAAAGAUUAUCUCAACUUCUGAGGAACACAUAGGGACAUUAAAAUAUGCAGAAGUUGCUGGCAUUCCUAAAAAUGAAGGACCAGUGAAAAGAAAUUUUGUAACAAGGAAAAGUACAUCAAGCCUUCCCCUCCCUGGGGAUAGUCCAAGUUCAUCAAACACCCCCUCCGAAAACGGUGAUGUGGAACCCCCAAAGAUGUCCCCACAAAUCAGCAAGGAAGAGCCAGUCAAGUACAAAAGGCCAACUGUCAAAACUGGUGGAGCCUCUUUUUCAUACAGGGAAUCUAGAAAUCAGGCCGAGUCCAAAAUCGAGAAAGAACUGCGGGAGAUGAGGGAGAGAGAGGAGGAACUAAAGAAAUCAAGAGGGGGAACACUGAGCCCACCUACGAGUCCGAGAGACAAUAAUCUCAGCAGUCGGAAGGCCCAGUUUGAACAGGUGUGAUCAGUACCCAGACUACAACAAGGUCAACACCACCAAUAGCUGUGGGCGAAUGAGUCACAUGAUUCAUGUCACAUGAUCUCUUUAAAUUGUCAAAGCUUGGUGAAAAAUAUAUUCAAGACCAUAUUGGUUUAUUACCUUGCUUCAAUACAAAUAUCAAAAUUCUUAGCAGUUUUAAUGCUGUUAUGAAUCGAUGAAAUGAAGAAGAGCUGUAUGACUCUGUGAUAUACUUUAUAUUUUUUUUUAAAUAUCAAACUGAACAAAAAAGAGAUGUACGUAGUCACUGUGGUCAGAUUGUUACAAUAUUUUUACUGCCACAAAUAUCAAAUAAUGGAAAUGGCUUUUUUACUGAAUGAGGAGGAAAUAUUUGUACAUAGAUUUUAUUAUUUUUUUGAUUUCCAUAUAUUGUGUAAAUGAAUAUAACAGUAUUAUCACACAAAUAUAAUUAUGCUUAAUUUUUGCAAAACAUAUAUUAUGUAACAUAUGGGUUAUAAUAUAAAUAUAUCAACUGUUAUGGAAUACAAAAAGUUGACAAAUAUUUCUUGUUUGCUUUGUGAGUGUGAAUACUAUGUAUCCAGAAUAAUACUUGAGAAAGUAAUGAUCAUUUCAUUUCCAUUUGAGGCAAAUAAAGUACAUUUUCAUUUAUAGCUUGGACAUUCAUGAGAUAGUGACAUGCUUAAACUUGAGUCUCACAGUUUUGUCAAACAGACAUGAUGAAAAUGAUUUAUUACACGUGUACAUCUGUGUAUUUUUAGCAUCAGAAAAAUAGGUUCAUUUCAAUGUUAAACAGAAUCUCUUUCAAACAGGAAGUGAUGCAUUGGCCAUCUUGUCAUUUGUCAACAAUACCUGUAGUCCAAAAUAUUAGUGAAAACAUUCUCCAUUUUCAGUGUUAUUUUUAUAGCUUUUUCAAGUUUCAUAUUUAUUCAGAGAAAAAUUGUGAUUUAAAUUUUUACAGACCCCAAUAUGAUGCUAAAUUUAUUUAUGUAUCACACACACUAUAUAAAAGUGUAAUAGUGCAAAUAAUCAAUCUUUUUAUUGCCAUGUUAUGAUAUUAAAAUAAUUAUAUUGUUAAUAAAAUGUACAAUGUAUAUGUUAUUUUUUAAAUAAAAUAUAUCUGCCACUAUAA